UUGAUUACUGAAGUUUUGGCGAGGAAUAUUAUAAGAAUAAUUUAUGUAUUUCCAAUAUAGUAAAAAUGAAAGAAAACGACCUUACUAAGUUUUUCGUAACAUUUAGUGGCCAAAUAGAAUAUGUGACAUUUUCUGGCGGAGUGUUCGAUGACUACUUGUGCAUUCACUAUGAAUUUGUAUGGGGUCCAGAUUGGGCACCGAUUUCGGGGUUGUCCAUGGGGAGCAGUCAGAUGUCUUCAAUCGGCACUGACCCUGAAAAAGCUGUCUUUAAUAUGCCGAUCGAUAUGGUUUUUAGUAGCACAAAUAUAUACGGCUGGCCACAAUUGGUAGUGACAGUGAAAGCACACAAUAGGAUAACUGGUGAAUCUCUCAGAGGCUACGCGCUAGCUCUAAUGCCUUCAAGCACAGGGUUGCGAGAGAUCACUGCCCCCAUAUUGCGACCCAGAGCAUCGACAACUAUCGGCGAGUGGGUAGCGUGGCUCACUGGAAAAUAUCCCGAGCUGGUUGAACCCAAGCUGCUUGCACAUGGAAAAGACAAUUAUUUGUUAAGGACAGAGUCAGAAGGAACGAUUACGUUAAAUGUGACUAUGAUGUCGAAAAAUCUGCGGAAACUCGGAUACGACAAUCAACCACCAAGCUAUCGUAAUAUGUAAAUGAAGUAAUGUUAUUUGCAAUUAAAAUUAUUAUCUAAUAUUGUGUAAAUACUUAAUUAAAUUAAUUAUAUAAAUGAUA